AUGAACAGCCAUACGAAGGCUCCUCCCAUAUUCCAGAGCGUGCUUCUGUUCCUGCUCCUCUGUUUUUAUCCAGCCGGCUCAGAAGCUCUCAACGACCCCUUUGAUGUCAGAGAAGCCACUAUCGACGGGAUCCAUAACGCCCUCUUCAUGGGUUUGACAACAUGCCGCGAAGUAGUGUCAUCGUACCUUGCGCGAGCAGAGGCUUUCAACCCUGCCAUUAAUGCCAUCACAGCAUUAAACCCGGAAGCACUGGCAGUGGCAGAUAGUGUGGACCUCCAAAUCUCACAAGGGAACACCACAGGCGCACUGCUCUGCAUCCCCGUCCUCGUCAAGGACAACUACGAUGCCGUGCCCUUGAACACCACCGGCUCCUGCCUCGCCCUGGCAGGUAACAGGCCCACAGAGGAUGCACCGACGGUUGAAGCCCUCAAGGCGGCGGGCGCUAUAAUCCUCGGGAAGACGAACAUGCACGAGCUCGCCCUUGAGGGCCUCAGCGUGUCGUCCUUGGGCGGCCAGACGCUCAACCCCUAUGACCAGACGCGCACCCCCGGCGGCAGCAGCGGCGGCUCGGGGGCCGCCGUGGCCGCCAACCUGGCCGUGUUCGCCACGGGCACAGAUACCGUCAACAGCCUUCGAAGCCCGGCCGCGUCCAAUUCGCUGUUCAGCUUUCGCCCUACGAGGGGCCUCCUCUCCCGCGCCGGAGUGAUCCCUAUCAGUUUUACGCAGGACGCCGUCGGCGCGAUGGCUAGGACAGUGCGAGAUCUGGCUGUCGCUAUGACGGUCAUGGCUAGCGUUGGGUAUGAUCCGCGCGAUAAUGCCACGGCGUCAAUCCCGCCCGAGGUCGCGGGUAGAGAUUAUGUUGCUGCCCUGCGUGGGGGGCCUGGGUUGAAGGGGCUGAGGGUUGGUCUGGUCCAGGGGUUCUUCAACUUCACCGACUCGGCGGAGACAACGCCUGUGAAUGAAGUAAUGGCUUCCAUGGUGACAAGACUGAAAGUGGCCGGCGUAGAUGUCGUUAACAUCACCGAGGCCGCCUACAACGCCACGGCGAUUAGCUCGGCGCUGGAUGUACAGGCCUAUGAAUAUCGCGAGCUGUUGGACGAGUACCUAGCGGGACCCAACCUGACCGGUGACAAGCCCGCCACUUUCGAGGACCUCUACACCAGCGGAAAGUUCCUUGUCAUACCAAACCAGUACUCUUUCGUCAACAAAUCUCUCAUCUCGUCCGCGUCCAACGCUAGCUACUUCACGGCACAACGGGGUAUUCAAAAUCUCGCCAACACACUACAGAAGACCUUUUCCACAAACAAGCUCGACGCCCUGAUCUACCCAGAGCAGAAGAACCUCGUCGUCAAAGUUGGUUCACCCUCCCAGUCCGGCCGCAACGGCAUCCUGGCCGCGCUGACGGGCAGCCCCGUGGUCGUCGUCCCGGCCGGCUUUUCGGCCCCGAGCUCCGACACGCCUAUCGGCGUGCCGAUUGGUAUGGAGAUCCUGGGCUUGCCGUGGAGCGAGGGUCACCUGCUGAGCAUCGCGCAGCAGAUCAGCGAGUUGAUGCCCGUGAGGAAGAUGCCGGUUCUGGCGAAUGGGACGGUGGAGAUUACCGAGUAUGAGAGUGUGCCGAAGGUGACGCCCUUGGCGAAUAUCCCGGGUGCGUACACGGUUGGGAGGCUGAGUUGA